UAACAAUGUCACUCUUCUUUAAGAUUUCGGCUAGCCAACAACUUACUCUACAAUGACGAACACCGCCACACUCCCCACCAAAUCCGAAUUUGAGCACAAUGAAUUGGACAGUGAGUUCGACAACUUUUGGCGAAAGGUUAGCUGCUAUGCGGCCAACCACUUUCCCUUCGAGGAGCGUUGCGAUUUCGUUCGCAAGUCCGUGGACUGCAACUUGACCACAAAUGUGCUGCCCUACAUGAGACUCCUGGCAUGCGAGCUAAAGUGUGUCAAUCAGUUCCAGCAAACGGUGUUCAUCACCAUGUUCGUGGCGCUUUGUUUCCAGACACUGGUUUUACUGAUCUACACGAUCAAUGUAUACUAUAGUCCUGCACUGAAGGCCGUGUCGCGGUUCCUGCAUAUGAACGAGCACUUGGCGGGAGUCACCCUACUGGCAUUCGGAAACAGUUCCGCCGACUUGUUCUCCAAUUUGGCCAGCGUUCAGGAAAAUGUGCCUGUGUUCGCCAACAGCUUGUCAUCGGCCCUGUUUGUGAGCAUGGUUUGCGGGGGCUUGAUAUGCUACAUUUCUCCCUUCAAGAUGAAUUCCUACGAGACACUUCGGGACAUCCUAUUCCUUAUUUUGGGCAUUUUCUUGAUGGAUUACUUCGUACACAUGAAGACCCUCAAGAGCGAAGUUAAAUUUUUUAUUGUGUUUAUGGUCUAUGUCAUCUACAUAUUAGUGAACGUGGCAGAUCUUUAUUUAUUGCGCAGGACUUUAGACUCAAUGGCUAAACAAAUCGAUGACCUCCUGAAUCAAGAACAAACUCCAGAAAACCUAAUGAAGCUUCGGCACCUCGAGAAGAAGCACGAGUAUUAUUCGCAAGACAGGAAAGUAGAGAUUUAUGAGAAGGGCAGUAGGGUGUCGAUCACCAGAAUCCGGUACACCACGAAGCGAAUGGUGCGAGCCAUUCCUGUGAGCGUCAACCGAAGCCUAACCAGAUCCUUAAGGCACGACGUGACUCAGCCAAGGAACAGGGGAUUGUUAAGGGACUUGCUCCUGGGAAUAAGGCCCAUCAGGUGCAACGAUUGGCGGAAGGCCGACCUUCUUAAUCGGGUCCUACUGUUGAUCAGGGCUCCAGCUGUGCUCCUCUGCGCCCUCUACAUUCCGUUGGUGGAUUACGAAAUGGAGAAACACGGCUGGAACAAGCUGCUGAACUGCAUUAACGUAAUGGUGAAUCCUGCCUUGUCCAUAUCGUUUUUAAUGGCCUUUAUGUAUAGCAAGGGAAACACUUUAUGGUACGCUGUCAUUAAAGACCAACUCAUUUAUGGGUCUUAUUCUCUUGUGAUCACCGUGCCGUUUGCCAUAUUCAUCUUGAUCCAAUCUCGGACAGACUUGCCACCAGCUUAUCACGGGAUUUUCACGGCAAUGAAUCUGACUGGCUCCAUGUUCAUAAUCUUUAUCUGCGCCACGGAAAUCGAUGAAAUAUUGGAAGUAAUUGCCAAUUUGAUGGCCAUAGAUGACGACUUCAUGGGAGCCACGGUGAAGGCUUUUACGGGGAACCUGGGAACGCUUUUCACCAACACCGCGGUAGCCGCGCACGGCUAUCCAAGGAUGGCAUAUGCAUCCUCCAUUGGCGGACCUCUGUUCACUAUCGUUGUAACUGCGAACACUGUGAUCUACGUCAAAAACCUCGUAGGCCCCGAAACCACCGAUCGAGACCAUAUGCAGGAAUAUGGUCAUUUCGCUUUGGUUUUUCUCAGCAUUGGUCUUUUUAGCAUUUUGCUCUGGUCCACAACAUUGGGAUUUUUUGCCCGUCGCUCCGUGGGUAUAUAUUCGAUGGUUAUUUACAUCAUCUAUUUGAUAUUCGCAACGUUAGUGCAAAGAAAAGUCAUACAUUCGUUUACUCCCGACAAACAAGUUUCAGCUGCAUUUGGCGAUGUUUAA